CUGUAGAGACACCAACCAGGCUGUUUGUUUCUACGCCUCCGCAGCGGGAAUACAAACGGGUUGAAACAGUUUGGGGUAAUUAUGCUAAUUUCAAGUCGGACUAAAGAUGCGGGAAUUCAACCAGAAGGAGCCGCGACUUUUUCCAAUAAAGUAACUGUGCAGCAGAAGUGGACGUAAACUUUUUUGGACUGUGAUCGGUAUUUUAAUGUCACGGCUGUUGUGUUAUGUGCUGCUUCUGUAGUUUUUUACAUUUUUUGAGUGGUGUGUUUUAUAUCGACUGUUUUUCAAGUGCAAAAAUCGAGAGUGAGACUUCCACAUCUCAGGAAUUCAACGCCAAGAACUGAAGGGUCCGUGAACGUCGCAGGUAGCUAGCUAACUUGGUAGCGACUUUUAGGAUUGUUUCGACAUUUACUGAUAGACGUGAGCAACAUAAAACGCAUAUUUCUCCAUAAAUAGAGACUCUGGAGUGUUCCGCACACAACUAACGUGAGCUAAAUGCUCUGUGUGAGGUUUUCCAGGGUUGCAGGUUGUUUAAACAAACUGUGGUCUAAAUCAGCCUCCACCGUUAGCCUCCGCAGCUAACGUCCCAACAUGCCGCAGCUGAGCAGAGACGGAGACGAUCUGGGGGCUAACGAUGAGCUGAUCGCGUUCAAAGACGAGGGGGAGCAGGAGGAGAAGCCCAAUGUGUCCUCGGAGCGGGACUUAGAUGAUGUCAAGUCGUCCCUGGUCAACGAGUCAGAGACCACCAGCAGCUCGGACUCGGAGGCAGACAGACGCCGGAAGCCCCAUCCAGAUGCUGAGAGCAGGGCCAGGUACGGCCAGGUGAUUGAGGAAGAGAUGAGGAAGCAGCAGAGCGCAGGCUUCUACCAACCGUCUCCGUACGUCGGUUAUCCCUUCUUCAUGAUCCCGGACCUCGGGAACCUCUGCAGUCCCUACCUCACCAAUGGAGCUCUCUCCUCGAGUGGCCGGACGUACCUGCCAUUUCAGUGGCCUCUCCUCGAUAUUCCAGGAAGAGCAGCUAUCAGAGAUUCUGCUACUCCUACACACCUGUCUCACAGCGUCCCUGUGGUGCAGCAUCCUCACAUGACCCACCUUCAUCCCCUGCUCUAUAGUCCUGAGGCCUUCUCCCCACAGAGGGCUUCGCCUGGGUUCUCUCCUGAGCCAGGUAUGUCGAGAAGUCCUCACACCGCCUGUUAUCCAGUUUCUCCUGGAGGCAUGACUCCCGUCCCACACACGCUAGGAUGGCUGCCGGGGCAGUCCAUGUACCCCAUCGCAGGGGGCUUCUCACCUGCAGCCCUAGCUAUGAAUGCCUCCAUGUCCAGUUUAGUGUCGAGCAGCUUCUCUCCACGUUUGGUACCGACCCCCCAGUCGUCUGUUCCUCACCCUGCAGCUGUGAAGCAAGAGCCUGGAUGCAGCAACAGCCAACAUCCUGGAAAAUUCCCCUCCAGCUCUGAGCACGACAAGGAAGACGAGAGGAAGCCCCACAUCAAGAAGCCGCUGAAUGCUUUCAUGCUCUACAUGAGAGAGGAGAGACCUAAAGUUGUGGCUCAGUGCAAAGUAAAAGAGAGCGCCACCAUCAACCAAAUCCUGGGCCAACGGUGGCAUUCCCUGUCCAAAGAAGAACAAGCUAAAUAUUAUGACCUGGCUCGCAAAGAGAGACUCCUCCACUCCAAGCUGUACCCCAACUGGUCGGCCAGAGACAACUAUGGGAAGAAGAAGAAGAGGAAGAGGGCGAAGAGUGAAACUCAGCUUGAAGGUGCUCCCGUUACAGACGACCUCCCUCCACAGCUUAAGAAACCUCGAGAGGAGAUGCCACACACACACACUCCCCUCACACACAUUUCACACACACGGCCUCACCUGACUCAUCCACACACUGUGUCCCAUCUGACGCACACCCAUCUGUCUCAAGCCAGUCCCGCCUCCUCCUUGGACUCGCCAGCGACACCCACCACGGCACUGGCCUCGCCCGCGGGCCCGGCUGCUACACACACCGAGCACACACACUCAUCCUACAGCUACAGCGGACACGGCUCACCUUACGGCGAGCAGCUGCAGCCAUUAUCCCUCACCACCAAGUCCCAGCGCACCAUCCACUCUGUAAACCGUAACACCACCACUCCAGGAUCCUCCACACCCUCCUCCACAGACACACCCACCUCCUCACCCCCCACAGAUUCCUCCAGACGAUCCCCACAGCCUCCUCCACUGGUCUCUCGCCCUUUCCUCGUCCCGCCUCCUACCUCCUCUCAACGAUGAGCUGCCAACUCUCUCUGAACAGCCAAUCAGCUUUAAGGAUCUCAAACACAACAUGAAAUGUGCCUCUUUCUAAAUGCUGUGUAAAUAAGCUUCUUUUAAAAACCUUUUUAUAGACCAGUCAUAUUUUAUACUAGUAUGAAAAGGACAUAUUUGGUCAAUAUUUGACUGCAUCUAAAAACUGUAUUUUUGACUUUCACUUUUUCUACAUUGUUGUAAGGAGGAAACAGUUUGUUGGAAGUGAGGUGUGAUACAAGAGUUUGUUUCAGAAAAGCUUUUUUUCCACUUUGUAGUUCUUGAUGUAAAGUUAGGUUUUGGUUUGUGUAAAUAAAUUCACACUGAGUACUAA